AUGGACCGUGGACGGGGUCGCGGGCGCGCGACAAAGAAGCGAGCCUCUCUACCACCCCCUUCGUCUCAUCACCUGGCACAACAUCAACAUCAACAACACAUCUCAGACUAUCUCAUCCCGGUCACCCCGGCACACUUUUCAUCCGCUGCCGCUAGUCCAUCUCAUCCCCCGCGUACAACUCCCGGCGCUGCCCCAGCAAGAGGCGGCCGCUCUAAACAGUAUCAGCCCGUCUCUGUUGAUGCCACCACGCCUGCAGCAGCAGCAGCAGGAGACCUGUCAUCGUCCCGCGGCACCCCUCGCAGCGACCGCCCCGCGCGCAGCGCUACCUUCAGCUCUUCAUUCAGUUUCGAGACUCCAACUUCUGCCACUAACCCGCUGAUGGCUGGUCCGUCGUCUCGCAAGCGUGCCCGGACCUUUGAGGUCUCGUAUGAUGGCGGCGCCGAUGACGAGGGACAUUCAAAGGGCGGUCACUCGCUCCGGAAACGUGCCCGCAUUGACUACACCCAGGAGCAGAUUGAUGACAACCUCGCUCUCACGGCUGGCAAGGCUGAUUUACUCGCCAAGCCUGCCGUUACCCCGUCUCUUCGCGGUCGAAAGCGCAAGGGCGCCCAAGAAGAAUCGGAGCCAGAGGUGGAAGACGCCGGCGCCAUCCCAAAGCGUCGCCGCGCCGACAAGUCCCCAGCAGCGGCCCGUGGCGCUUCAUUCCGCCGGCGAAUACCAGCCAGGAAGCCGGCCACGCCAGUAAACACGUAUAUAGACCAGCCUUCCGACAAUGAUGUGCAGGACACCAUCCUUGUUGGCAUUCCCAUUGAUGGACAGGACGAGUCGGAUGAGGAAUCGGACCACUCGACAUUAUCAGAUUCCGAGUCGCGCCCGUCAACUUCGGAUGGGAGCGACGGUGUCCAGCCACGAUCACAGCCACCAACUCCGCAGCCGCAAAUCGUACCUCAGGUCGAAGGGGCCGUGUCAUUUGCGCCUGAGACUGAUGAGGCGAUUGAAAAAGGGCUCACCCCGGAGCAGCCUGACGGCAAGGCUGAGAUUGACAUGACAACCACAAACCUUUCACUCUCAGCUCACCUUGGGCCUCAAGAGCAAAUCAAUCAAGCGGAAACUGCAAAAGUGCACCUUGCCGACGAGGACAACCACGAGCAACAGCUCGCUGUUCACAAUGCAGCAGGUGCACUGGCGCUCGACAAGGCGGGGCCUGAAUCAAAAACAACCCAAGUUGUUCAGUCUGCUGUCGCGCCCGACGCGCCGCUUGAGUCCCUAGAAAACCCCUCCACCAAUUUUUCUCCUUUCCCCUCCGCCCAAUUCGACGGACCAGCCGAGUUUGCACUUCCUGUGGCAGCUCCUGUGGCAGCUACAUCAAUCGGUCGGUCGACGCCAGCUCAGAAGCCUACACAACCAAAGCGACUACCGCAAUUGCAGACAAUUUACAACCUUGACAGGCCAUUUGCAGCUGCACUAAACCUGGCACCCUACGAAGACGAAGACCUCGCAUACCCUGCACCUUUCACCGAGCGGGUGGUACUAGACAUCAAAGACAAGGCAGAAGCCACUCCAAUACCGACACCAACCCCAACUCGCGCGGGCACUCCUGCCGAUGCGCUCGCAGAAAUAAAUUGGGAUGGCCGCCGCCCCCUGAGGCAGAAGGAGUUUUACGCCUUGUACCAACAAGAAGUCAAGCGACGAAAACAGCAAAACUUGCCUCAAAUGUCCAUGGUCCAGUUCAACAACCACUGCGUUCGGAAUUUCAAGGCCGCCCAAGGUACCGGAGGCGAGACCCCAAUUGGAGACCAGCUCACGCCGGUCUCAGAUCAGCUUGACCAUGCCGCUGCCACAGAGAAGGUGCGGAAACGCCCAGCCGUAGUCGCUGCUGGGUCCUUUGAAGAGACUCCUCGAAGCUCUGUCGCACGGGAGUUCCAGCAAGGCACUGCUGCACCGUCGCCGGCGGCCGCUGACGAAGAUCCUUCUGCUGGUCAGGCCGAGGCCGCAGAGGACGGACAGGGCGAUGAGGAAGUUGCCGAUACCCAUGGAAAGUCUGAAAGCCCCGCGGAGCCUGUUGAGGUUACCAAAGUCCCGUCGAAGCAAUACGUCUUCCCCAAGCUUCGCGAUCCAGCCGAUUUCGUUCGCGCCCUGGAUGAAUGCCGUUCAGAGGAGGAACGUGUUGAGAUUGCGGCCGCGAUUGUUGAGACCAUGGAUGCCUACGAGAAGGAGUACAAGGAACUCAAGAAGAUCACCGAAGAUGAAGAUAAUGCCAAGCGUCGGCAGGCCAAUGACAAGACCAUCGUCAAUUGGGAGAACCGCCAGAAGCCGGAUGAGCCACUUCCCUGGCGCCGCCAUUUUGACGAGGCAGUCAAAGGCCCGCCGGUAUUUGAGAUUCGCGGCCCUCGGGCUCCAAAGCCCUACAUCGAUGACCUGGUGUAUGAGCAUCAGCGGCGAGAAGACCGCAUCAUGGCACAGGCCUAUGGAUUCAAGCACAACAACCAUGCCACCCUGGUUGGCCGUCAGAACCCUGACGAGCAGCGCUGGGAGAUGCCAGAGACACGCCUUCGCGAGCGCAAGCGGACGGAGAAAGGCGCAGAACUCGCCGAAGAGAACGUGAUUGAAGGAAAGCGCAUGCGGAAGCCACGCAACCUUUCAGACCAGAGCAAGGACCCGAGUCGUUCGGGAACACCCACUGGCAUUGUUCCCCUUGGCCCCUCCGGUCGACGUCAGAAACGCAAGACUGCCACUUCUGCCGCCAACGGCGAUGAUUUCGAGGAUCUGGACCAGAUGCAAGGUGUCGAGAAUGCCUUGGAGCUCACCACCCGUAGGCGGCGUGGCCCAAGACCCCGCAAACAGACAUUGUUGAGCCAAGAAGAGGCCGCAAUGGCAAGCUUCGCAGACCGCCAGACCGAUGACGAAGAUUUCGAGGUCAAGCCGAAGCCAGGCCGUAAACGCGGUCGCGGCGCGGCUGCCACAAAUGGAACCACGGACAAGGAUACCAAGAGGCAGCGGACAUCUAGAGGCGGGGAGAUUGCGAGUUCGUCAUUUUAUAGCAACCCGUCUCCGGCAGAUACCCAGCUCGAGUCGCGGCCCUCAACUGCCUCGUCGGAGGCCACCGUGAACACGGCGGAGACCUUGGAAUCGUCAUAUUCUCUUCGCGAAAAGCGAAAGCGGAAUUUUGCUCUAGAGAACGACCCAGAGCUAGGGCCUCGUCCGCAAAAGCGGACCCGCGGCGCCGCUGUCGCAAAGCCGGAGAAUACGGAGCCCAAGAAGCGUGGACCGAAGAAGAAGAUCGCCACGAGCCAGCCGGUAGAGGCUGCUGCCCCGGCACCGAUCGCCCCUCUGCCUGUCGGAGGGCUGAAGGCACCGGCCAUCUUUUUCAACAACCCGCCAUUGGCUCCGGCGCCGGGCGGCCCCCCGGGCCCGUACCUACAUACCUUCACCGCGGCGCCUUCUUUCCAGCCUGGUGUUCCACCUCCACCUCCUGCGGCACCGCCCGCCAUCAAGAAGCCGAUCACCAAGAUCAAGCUUACGAACAAUAGCAUGUCUUCGCAAGCCUCUUCUCGUAACGGCGGACCGGCAAACAUCGCGCCCAACCCGAGCGCAAAGUCGGCAGCCAAGGUUUCUCGCGGUCCCAAACCCGCUGAUGUGAAGCCGCCUGUCCAGCCCCCCAAUCCCGACAUGGGCGACAAGCCCUAUGCUGAAAUGAGCAAGUCAGAGAAGAUGAGCUGGUCGAUGAGACGACGAUGGGCUUCGGGCGAGAUGCAAGGGGCUGUCGAAAAGCGCCGCACCACCUUGGCGAUCAAGAAGGCAGAGAAAGCUGCCAACGGAACGGACCCGAGCCAGACCCCAGAUCCGACUUCAGCGGGACCGUCUGCUCCCAACACACCGGCUCUCGUGCCGAUUCCUCAGUCGAACCUUCCGGUUUUGCCGCUGCUAGUUCACCCACUACAGCCACUCCGGCAGCCACAGCACCUGAUGCAGCAACCUCUCGCAUAUCCGCAUCCCCCACCCUCUGGCCCGGUUGCUUGA